AUGGCCAAAGGAGCCACUGUAAGUGGGAGCGGAAAAGGCGGCGGGAAGAAGGAUGGAGGCAAGAAAGGCGGAGGCAAGAAGAGCGCUGUCAAGAAGGGCGCAGCCAAGAAGGGCGCAGUCAAGAAGGGUGUCGCAAAAAAGGGCGGCAGCAAGAAGGGCGGCAGCGCGAACCUCUCCUCGUGGAGGGUCAACCACGAACCCAGACAGACGCGCUCCCGAGCGAACGGGCCGAGCGCCCAGCCGCUCGUUGCGCUGGACCUGGUCACCGGGACGCAGACGGAUGAACCAUACCGCGUGAACCGGAGGGCGACGCCGCCAAGGACGCCGUGCGUACAAGGACCUGCUCCAGCGCCGGUUGCCGUAGCGCCGAUUGUCCUAGUGCCAAUUGUCCCAGCGCCGGCACCUCCUGCGCCUCCUCCAGCUAUCCAACUGCUGCCGCCGCCUCCUCCGCCUCCCCCGGCACCACAGCCGCCGCCGCCACCAGUUCCGCCGUCGACUGUCACACCGGUUGCUGGACCGGCUACUGCUGGCCCGCCGGCGCCACCUCCUCCUCCUCCUCCUCCGCCGCCGCCUCCUCCCCCUACAUCCCCAAGUCCUUCCCCAACGUCAACGCAAACAUCUUCGUCGCCAAGUCCUCCACCGCCGGCGCCGCCGCCGUCGGCUGCAGGUAGUAACAGCGAUGGGGAGAAUGGGAGCAACAAUGGCGACCAGGGCAACGAAGAGGAAGGAAAUAACGGCGACGCCGGCACAGGCAAUGGUCCCAACAACGGAAGAGGUUCAGAUGCUGGCGGUAGUGCGGGCCAGCCUGAUUUCCCGCGCACGCCGAACAGAAAGUUACCACCAGGCGUGAACCCCGGCUUCAGUCAAAGUGUACCAGCCUCGUCAUCCAGUAGUGGGAACACUGGACCAUUCCCACCGUAUCACCCCUCUCCACCGAUGGGCACUGGCUCAGAAGCAGGCCCAGAAGCUCCUGGCCAGGAAGGGGGUGAAGAGGAGGAUGGGGAGAAAGAGCAGGGGCGGGAAGAGGAAGAUGGAAAAGAGGAUAAGACAGGGGGAAAUGAUGAAGAGGGAGAGCAGGAGGGAGAAAAUGACAACAAGGAGAAUGAAGAGGAGGAAGAGGAGGAAGUAGAAGAGGAGGAGGAGGACAGACAAGAAGAGCAUGACAGGCCUGGGAGUCCUGGGAGCACUGGUGGCCAGCCCGGAGGCCAACCGCCGGAUUCGUCACCCGGCCCAUCCGCACUCGGACGGCAGAAACCGCAGAUGAGCCAACAGGCCGGCAAAGGGAACGGCCGUAGACCAGGCGGAGCCCGAGGCGGUCCCCGCAAAGGUGCGACGUCCAACACGACUGGCGCCAUCAGAAAGUUUUUCUUGUCCGUGGGCUCGGCGCUUGGAGCCCAGAAACAUGGACGACAAGAAGAAGCGGACGACGGGUUGCGGCCUGCCAAGAGACGCAGGAUCACCCCGGCUCGGCCAGGUCGCGACGACGCUGGCGUUGCGAAGAGUACUGGCACGCAGUCCUGUCCUUGGGAGCCCGAGACGAGGACAUCGGCCAAGAGACGGAGCACCUCGUCUGACAGGGAGCAAAUACAGGUGAAGAGACCGAGGCUGGAGCAGAGACACGGCGCCGAGUAG